CCAAUGGCGCUGCUAGAGCACCGGCAGCGCCUGCGCUUCCGCGCCGAGCACCGGUUGCUGGCGGGCGUCUACGAGUGCGUCGUCAGCAACGGGGUCGGGGAUGCUGUGAAGGCUGCCAUCAGGGUUGUGAUCCAUGACGCGCCCGUGGUGUCAGCAGUGCGAAGCUUCGUGCACACCGCGAUAGGGCUCCGAGCCGCGUUGGCCGCACGCUUGGAGUUCGCGGUGCCUCCUGCCAGGACCGCCUGGUAUAGAGACGGCAGGCCGGUGCGGACUGAUGACAGGGUGGUGAUGUUGGUGCAAGAAAACAUCCACCAACUGAUCUUCCGAACGGUUCGCGCGGGGGAUCUGGGCAACUACACUUUCCGAGCCGAGAACAAGCUGGGCAUGGCUGAUGUGCAGUUCAAGCUUACAGGAGUGCCCAACAUAGCAUCGUUCAAGGUAGACUCCGCGCUGAAUAAAGCUACAUCCACCAGCUUCACCCUCAUUUGGGAAGUGGACUCCUACUCUACCAUUAUCGAAUACAACCUCUGGAUCCGACCAUACUAUGGCCGCCUGGCCACACCAGAGCCCGAUUCUUUUACCACAGAAGCGCCCGUCAACAGAUGGAGCAGGAUUAUAGUACCGGGAGACGCACGAGAGGGACCUAUACAUAGUGCAGUUUACACUGUGAGAGGACUCACGCCUUCUACUGUUUAUGAAGCGAUCGUCACUUCCAGAAACAGAUUCGGUUGGAGCAAACCGUCUGCUGUUUUACAUUUCGCUACGGAACCUGGAGUCGGCAGAACAAUUCCUUCGACUUCUGAGUACACGGACAUAUCGCCGAUGCUCGAAGAAUCGGAACCCGAAGCGCACAACAUUUCCCAGGCGCAAGUUUUCGAACGUAUCAGCGAGUUGUCAAACGCUGGAGCGCGGGAAAACUCGUCCGUCGCCAUUUUGUUGAGUGUUAUUUUAUUUUUUCUACAGUUUAGGUAAAAGUUAUGUAAUAAUUUAAGUAAAUUAAGAUGUAAUUUUUGAUACUUUUGUUAAAAUAAGUUUUCUAGUAAGUAGAGUUAUAGUAUAUUUUUGAUAUCGAUUUUAUUAAUUGUAAAUAUAUUAGUUUGUGAAAUUAGUGAUUAUACUUUAUUAAUUUAUUUUUAACAA